AUGGCUUCACCAGCGAGCCCAUCAGCCAUCGCGGCCGAAGAAGAAGAAGAGCCUGUAACGCUCAACUCGGUGGCUGAAAAGGACUUGACUGCAAGAUGCAAGCCGCGGACCAUCGCAUACUGUCCUAACAUGGACCUGGUUGCAGUCGUUACAGAGGACGAGCAGGUGAAUGUGUACAGGCUGAACGGCCAGCGGGUGUUUGGCGGGGCCUAUGGGCUGGGAGAGGAAGACGGGGAGAAGGGCGUCGUGAGAGCCGUAGUGCUAAGGUGGAAGGAGAAUGGACGGGUGUUGGCCGUUGCUUGCUCGGAUAACAGGAUACGCCUGUUGAGCUCCUACAGUGGGAAGAUGGUGCAUAUCCUGACGGCAGAGCCUGCACAGGCGCCGUUCUCAUCGCCGCAACGGCCAAGCGGGAGUAUUUCAUGCAUUGGAUGGGGUGUCAGCUUUGCAGAAACGGAUAGCCUGUUGAAGAACCUGAAGGAUCCAGAGGGCAAGCUGAGUCUAGAUGACCUGUUGAUGUCUGACACGAAGCUGUCUACUCAUCUGGGGUUUCUCAAGGCGGAUUUACCGCGUGAACUAGCCCUGCUGGACAUUGAGGGUUCGCUGCCGAAGCUGAGUACGCUGCCGUCUACGGGUGAUGAGUACGUUGGCCGUCUUCCCCUAGUUGAUAGCAUCCAUGCUAAUGGUAUAUCUAGUGACGAUGUGUUUAGUAGCAGGGUGUCUCUUGACUCUAUAUUCCAUUCUCCGGUGAAGAACCCUGGAGACUCAGUGGAUGUGCUGCUUGCCGGGCUUGAUGACGGCUCAAUCCACAUGAGGAUCUUCGAGAGCUUUGAGAUCGGUUCUAUCGACGUGUCUAGCUCCCUGGAUGGGUCAGAUAGUGAUACUGGCGAAGGAGGAGGAUAUAAGACUCUGCUCCAUGCAUCCCAUCCGAUGAGCACGACGCAUGCACUUCUCUUCCAGAGCGAGGCCGGAAUGAAACUGUUAAAUUUAGACCUACGGUUCAUCACCAAGGCAGGCAGGUAUCUGCCCCUGCUUGCGUCGAAGGUCACACAAUUGCAGAAUCUACUCCGGUAUAUCAAGCAAGUGCAAGCACAGAUGCACCUAGAGUGGAAAAAUGCACGAGAACUGCCUAUCCGAUACCUGAGAAAUAUCAAUGAAGAGUUAAAGGAGCAGUGCCACUGCGAUUUUGUCACGGCUACCUAUCACUUAAUAGUUACAGGUGAUUGCUAUGCCCCCUUGAAGGAAUUUCUCGCUACCACCAUCAGCGACAGAGGACAAAAAAGAUGGGAGAAGACUGUGGCUGGUGGCUAUGAAGCCCUCCGCCGACUUGCCUAUGAAUGUCUGAUGCCAGCUCUGGAACGCUGCGGCGUGCUACUAAGCCGACUGAUAGGCCUAUCAAAGUACCACCGCAUCAGCCCGAUCCUAGGCCUGGAGACGACCUAUCUCAAGGCAUGCGUUGCAACUCUGGACUGCCUUACCUUGCUAGCUCACAAGGUCGUGCUUCACAGCAGCACAGAGCUCAAGGAGUUCCAUGCCUUUUCCCACUGGAUGCAGCAUGAGAUCAAGCUCCAGUCAACGGAUCCAACAUCAUCGACGAUAGAUGAGCUAGUAGAGGCGGCAGACGAGAUUGACUAUGGCACAACGCUGGGAUAUGUCAAGGGGGCACUCACCAACAGUGCCUUGCAAGGGUUUUUGCAGGUACCACCACCACCAGGGGCACCAGGGGCACCAGGGGCAGAUCCAGAAGACAGGAAACGAUGGGAUGUCGAUAUUCAGGACGACGGCACAUUUUACGAAGAAUACAAGAAAGUAGUAUCGCAGCAUGAGUCGCAGAGAUCAGCCGAAGGACUAUCGAUACCGAUGCUGGGUGACCUGACUGCCAGGCUUUCGGCAGAGUGUGAUCAGGUGUUCAAGCAGAUAGCAGAGACACAGCGAAGAGGAACGCUAUUCCGGUCUGCUCUCAAGCUGAACGAGGACUGUGACGCUACCUUCCUCGACAUGGCCAUGAAUUUUGAGGUGAGUGUGCGUCGUCUUGUCUUCCGGGUGAAGCUGGCUGACGGCGUUUCUCAGGAGUACGAAGGUGAAAGCCUGCCCUCAAUAUAUGCUGCAUCCCGAUCUCGCACCACCGCACACAAAUUCUACAUCUACCGGCACAUCCUCAGCGUUGUCAACGGGGUGAGCUCGACCAAGGCCAGCCUCCAGGCCACCGUCGAGCUCGGCUCGGGCAGCAUCCAGGACCUCAAGUUCGUUGAAGACGGCACUCUGAUGCUCCUCUGGAAGUCCAAAGGCAUGUUUCUUCUUGUUGUCUUUCUUCUCUUUACAUGCUCUGGUCUAACAACCCCCUAG